AUGGCCGACUUUCUCAAGUCAAAAGCAAAACAUUGGUGCUGCAAUACUGUUAUGUCUGAAGCGGUUUUAAAAAAGUACAGCUAUAAGACAUCCCACAGCAUAGGAUCAAGAAAGGUUUCAGAAAGAUGCAUCUCCUACAGUGACACCUUUCCUAUCUAUAAAUCAAUGGUGCUGGCCUAUUUAAAGGAUGAGGAUAUGAAGUCACAGUCGUCGACCAAGACUGGCUCACAUGUCUCCAAACCUGAUAAUCACGACCACAAUGGCACUAAAGGUUUGCCGUCAAAAAAGAAAACCCAGGUUAAAGAGUUUGUCCACAAGAACAAUAUAUGCUGUUUUGUAAAACUCUCGACGAAAAGUGCCAACAAAAUUCCAUCUUCAAAGCCAAAGUUCAAAGAGACAUCCUUGAAAAUGGAUGCAACAUCAAAAGUUUCCAAAUCGCCUAAUAAAAAUAGCAAAUUUGUUUCAUGCAAAGAGCAUGCACCUGGACAAAAAUAUCUGUCAACCAAUGGAGUGGGUAACAAAAGCAAACAAAAUAUAUCCAUGCAUGACAAAAAUCCAAACCAUGCCAAUAACAAGUCGAAAAAUAGAAUUAAAUCUAUAGAAAGGAAAAUGUGUGUGAAAAGGAAACUGGAAGUGCUCUCCUGCAAAUUGGAAGAAAAUAAUAAUACAGUCGAACAUUUGAAACCUAAAAAGACAAAAGCUACUUCAAACGACAUGAAAUCAAAAGGCGUUCAGAGUAAGAAAGACAAAGCUAAGCUACUUGUAGAUAUUUCACUAAUUCCAGGCAAAAGGAAAAAGCGGGAAGCAAGUUUGAACGCAUCUGCUUUAGUGAAUAUUUAUUUUGAAAAGGAACCUGUUUUUCCUAAAAAGCUUAAACUAAGUCCUAGUGUUUCCAUUCCUGGAAGUGAUUUUGAAAUUACUGACACUAGUAAGGAAGAGUGCAAGUUGGAUAGCUGUAAGAAAAAGUUGGAUAAAAAAGGACUUGUACCUAGUGAUGGAACUAAGAAAGUCAACACAGUUAAGGAGAAAAGUUGCAACACCUCGGCCAAAUUAAAAGAAACAAAUGUGAAGAAGAAAACUCUGACAAAACAAAAAGAAAAUGAUUUAAAAGCAAAGUCAACCAAAUCUAAUUUAAAUGCAAUAAAAACUCUGAAAGAUAACAUGAAGAAUAAAAUUAAAUCUUCCAAAAGUUUGGAUCUUAAGGAAAUAAAGCAGAAACUUAAUAAUAUUGGGAAGAUGAAAGACAGUGUGGGGUGUUUAAAUACAGAACCUGCUGCGUCUGCCUCAAAACACUUAAAGCUGAGCACUGAACGUGCUGCAAGAACUGAUCGAUUCUGUUUAUCCUGGGUUCGGCAGCCGUUUUCAGCACACCACUGCCAGAGUAAAGCUCAGUGGGUUGAAGGCUGGGGUAAUACCUGCUGCUCAGUGGCUGCACAAGCGAGUCCCGAAGCAACGUUGCUCGUUUCCCAGCCAACUCAACAGCUGUACGAAGACAGCAAGUCACCGACUAUGUCGAUGCAAAUCACUGCACCGUCUCACCUGCCACCCCACGGACUUGGGAAUGUUCCUCGCUACGAGGCAGCCUCGAUCUCGCAGAUGGAGCCGGCACAGGUGAUCCACAUAGAACCUGUUCAGAAAAUAACGCACAUUGAGUCCGAGAUUCCAUCGGAGGAUCGGCCGUCCAGUGUGGUGGAUGUUGUGGGUGCUCACACGCCCAUGAAGCCUGUGGCUAGGACGUCGGUGUGUAUCAAGUCUGUGUACCCACAAGAGUCGACUUGUGUUCCUCCCUGCAAUGGGUAUUGCUGUUCCCCGUCGGAGAGAUACAUGCCUGGUCAGUAUCAGUCAAUGACUCUCAGUGGCAUCGGCAGUCUCAAUACAAUGCAAAUGAUGUCCUAUCCUCAGCCACCGUACAGAAGUGCUUUCAGUGUGCCUUACACACAUGCUGGAAUCCAGUCCUAUGGAUUUUAUCCUGGAAACUUCUACCAACCGAAUCCUUCAUCACUAAUGCAGCAGUCACUCCACAACAUGAACCCAUGUUUACUUCCGCACCAUGUGCCGGUGCAGGUCGCUCACGCACAGGUCAAGGUGCUCAUCCACAACCCAGACACCUCCCACGACUGUGCAGCCUUCUCUAAUGAUGUCUCAGAUGAUGGUCACAGCAUCGUGGUAGAUAGCAUCAGCAGUGGAAAAGGAAAGAAGGUGACUUCCGAGGGCAAGAGUAAGAACACAGUGAAGCAGAAAAAGAAAUUGGAAAGAAAAAAUGUGAAGCCAUCUGAAGGAGACGAAAAAGAAGUAAAAGCAGACAAAGUUAUGGUUCCACAACAGCCUGAAGGGUCUGGUCACGGGUGGUCGUGGAGUGGGGAACCGGAGUGGAAACUGGUGCAGAAUAUUCAAGUAGAUGGGCCACCCAUAAGACGAAAAUGUUACCCGGCCAUCUGUCACGAUGAUGGAGACAUUAUCCACAUUCGGGAUUGUGUGCUGCUUCGAUCGGGACCAAGAAAAACUGACAUUCCUUUCAUUGCCAAAGUGGCAGCUUUCUGGGAACACCCAGAUGAUGGUGAAAUGAUGAUGAGCCUGCUAUGGUACUACAGACCUGAGCAUACAGAAAUGGGUCGUCAACCUCAUAAUCAGGAGCAGGAGAUCUUUGCUUCGAAACACAGGGAUGAAAACAGUGUUGCAUGUAUUGAGGACAAAGCGUAUGUCUUGACAAGUGGUGAAUAUGGAAGAUACAAAGCUGAAAUGUGUCGACUCAAACUAGGAGCAUACAGUAGAACAAAUGUGGUCCCCGAUGUGGACGAUGAGGUGACUAUCUCUCACAAGCUGAUCUCCACAGAUGUUGACCCGACAACCGUCUUUCUGUGUCACCAAGUGUACGACUUCCGACAAAAGCGAAUUCUGAAGAAUCCAUCUUGAACAUAUCAUUUUGGCGUGAGCAGUAUUCCCAAGUGCAAUAAUUUAAAUAGUAUUGUUUGUUUGAUUUCAUCUCAUUUCUCUGUUCAGUGUAGUUGACAGCAUACAAUUCAAUACUCUUUGUGUAUCAUACUAUAUUAAUAAUUAGGUGUUCAAAGCUGCAAUCUUAAGAAUAUCUUUUUUUAUAUUUAUUACACGUUUAGAAUAGGUUAUGAAUUUUCUUUUCUUCCCAUGAUGUGCCAUUCUUUGACUCAUUUAGGAUCUGAUUUACAGUCUAGGUCAUAUUAAAAUGUAGGUUUUUUUGUGAAAUUGACACAUAGUGUUGGGGUGCUACGGGGAAAUUUCCAUUUAAGACAUUACAAGUAUUGUGCGCAGUGAAAUUGAAAAAUAUACUGCAGAACUUGCAGUCUGCAUCUUAUUCUCAAACUGCUUUGGAAACUAUAUAUUGUUUACACUGAUUACGAAUAGCAAUUUUUUUAGCUGUUUAUAUUUUUAAAAAGAUGACAAGACCUGUGAGUUGCAUGUAGGUAGUUAGCUACUUUGUUGAUAGAGGACACACCAUUGGGGGAGGGGUGUAGGGAGACCACUGCCCACCAAAGGUAAAGAUAAUGCAGAGAGGAAUGGCAAAUUAAUAUACUGUAACUGACCUAUCCCACCUUCCCAAAUUGCCAUGUAUUUUCAGAUGCCUCUCAACACACAAGUUUAGUAAACCUAUGAUUAGUAAAUGAUUUAUAAGCUGGGGAGGCAAGAGUGCAGCUUUAAGUGUUUAUAGAUUUCUUUAAAAUGUUCAAGAAGUAUAUUGAUGUGUCAUUCAGUUUAUUUUUUUUAUUCCAACAGCCACAAAUUAAUUAAUAUUUUAAUUAAAAAAUGACUGUCAGCUUAAAAAAUACAACUGAUGAAUGUUUUUACAAAAGUUGUGUUCAAACUUCAGAUAACUACGUAAAGUGCUUCUUUGUUCCACUGCAAGGUUACGUAGACGGUGGUGAUUCCAAAAUUAUUAAAAUCUCCUUAUGUCAGUGAUAUGUGAAACCAUUAUUUCAAGUUAUAGACAAAUUUUGUUUUUAUUUUGGUGUUUGUUCUUCAUUUUGACAUUUCAUGGACCUUUUAUGAAGAUUAAGUAAAUAGUAUUUGUUAAGAAUAGUUGCUUGUUCAUUAUAAAUAUAUGUAACAGUUGUAUAUCUGCUUUGCAGUAAGAAAAGACUUAAUUAUAUAACAAUACAUAUGUUUAUCAGUAUCUAGGUUUUCUGGGUUUUUAGAGGACGUUUUGGUCAGAGAAUUUUAACAUUCAAAGUUUGUGUGUAUAUAGCAUAAAUUUUCUUUCCUAAUCAAGGGAAUACCAUAGUUUGAUUGAUUGAUGUAUAUUUUCUGAAAUAAAAAUCUAUUGCAGUUAUAAAAUGCAUAAUAUUUAUGGAAUCUCAUGCAUGCUGCAUUGAGUGUUUACUUACAGCUUUAUAUAUUAUACAAAUGACAAAUCAUUAGUCAUAAUUUAGUCCAUUGAAAACGCACAACCCAGUUUUCAUUUGUUAUUGCUAUUGCACUCUCCCCUGUGGUCAAUUUUGGAACAGCCUUAAUAUGAACUAUUAUAAUUCAAAAUGAAUAUUAUAAAGGAGUGAAAUCAAUGCAUCAAAAUAUUUGUUAUUAGAAUUUAAAAAAAAUUGGGGUGAAAUAUUUAGUAGUUUCUUAAUACUAAAUAGUCUUCCCUAAAAUUAUGAUUUGUAAAUAUGUCAUACAAAAAUUUACAUGACUAAUUUGUAUAUACCUGUUGAUAGAUUUAAUUCUCUUAGUUAGUUUUGAAUUUGUUAUUUCAAUGCAUUUGAAACGUUUUUACUGGAAGCCUGUAUUUGGGUUUAAAUACAUGUAAUUAAGGCUAGAAACUUCUUUUAAAAUUUAUUUAAAUUAUCAAUCAUGGUCAUGGUUACAAACAGCACACAUAAAUGGUGAGAAAUUUAUAAUGCUAUAUACAUGUAUUUUAAUUAUUUUUUAAUAAUCAUGUUUGUCCCUCUUUUUUCUCUUUAGCCUGUAUUAUUUUUUAGCUCCUCGAGUGCUUUUGGAGACAUGUAUGCUAUGUUUGUAUAUAAUUUUAUUUAUUUAUUAAUAGUCACAUAGUAAAGAAGUAUCAAUACUGUUGUUUUUACAGUCAUGGUUUUAAUUGAUAUGAAACCCAUUUUGUCCCAAAAAUAAUUGAAGAAUAUGGUUUGAGGUCAAAUUAUAUGAGAUGUAAAUAUUUGCACAGCAUAUCAAUAUCAUUUUUAGUUCCAACAUGAAUUGUAAUCAGAGAGGCCCCAAUCUUAAAUUCUUGUUUUUAUUUUAAUAUGCAAAAUGGAUGAAUUUUUUUUAUUGUCAUUAAUUUUUAUACUUUAGUAAAUUCAUAGAUAUGAUGUACAGCUUUUUGGGGUCCUUCUUUGAAGAGCAAAUACUCAUCCUGACCUUAAACAUAAUGCAGUUUAUUUUGCACAUAAUGAGACCAUUUGAAAUUUGCAAUGGCUAAACAAAAUGCACUAUGCAGACAUGAAAAUGCACAUUUCUGCUUAUGGAAUCACGUUAAGUGUCGAGUGGGCCUAAGUCCGUUCCACUAUUUCAUUUCUUAUAAAAUGUGUACAUGUAAAUAAUAUUAGAUGUUUAGUUUCCAGACAGUACCACACAAAAUAAUACAAGAUUUGCUGUCAACUGAUAAUGGUAUAGGCCUGUAAUAGUGAUGUAAUGUUGGCAGAUACCGGUACCAGUAUUGGCCUAUGAUGAUGAUGUGAUAUUGACAGAUAUUGAUAUCGGACCCCAAAUGAUGUGAUAUUGGUAUCAGUUCACAGUAGUGUCAGAUUGUUUUUGUUCACCUAUGCCUUGCUUGUAGAAGAAGAGGAUUAAAAGGCACCAGUCAUUUAUUUUUGUCCUUAACAAUUAAAAACAAUAUUUUCAAAAUAUAUACUAAGCAUGUUGUUCAGGUUUAAAGGGCAUACUUCACUAAAAAUACAAGGUUUUUAUGCUGGCAGACUUUAUUGAAUGAAAAUAAUUGCAGUGAAUUAGAGGAUAAUAAAAAAGUUACCAGUUAUUAUCAAAUUUAUGUCCCGAGUGAAAUAAUUUUCAGUUGUCACGAGCUUUAGGGAGUGACGAAAGAAAAUUAUUUAACGAGGGACAUAAAUUUGAUAAUAAUGGGACCGAGUUUGUUAUUCUAUUUAUUAUCUCAGCUAUCGCUAAAAGUCUUUAUUUUUGACGCACAUACACGAAGGCCAACCUGUAUAGAAAUGAUGUAAACCACUUUUUGCACUGUUCUGAGAAUUGUUAUAACUUUGUAAUUUAAUCAUGUUCAUAGAUAAUUUUCAAAAACAAAAGUUCUCUUUAUUCUGCUACAAAAUCUAGAAGGAAUUGCAUUAAAAUGAAAUUUUGUUAUUAAUUUAACACCAAAAACAGAGCUGUAUACGCAAACUCUUCAAACUGCAUGACAUCAUUGUGUGUGUUUGCCAAAUCGUGAUAACAUCAUAUUUAGUACCGACAAAGUCAUUGGUUUGUAAGCGUCAAAUUGUCCAAUAGUAUUGUUUGUUAGACCAAUACAGAAUAUUUCUCACUGAGAAAAUAUGAAAAAUAUUUUCCCUGUUAUGAGUAACCGCUGGGGUAAUAAAAGCUAUUAUGAAUGUUUUUAUUGUUUUAGUAGGAUGCUCCAUAAAUUAAGUUACAGUAAGACAGCUGUAGUACACACGAGGCUUUAGAUGUAAUAUUUUUAGAUGUAUGUCCCUUCUUGUGAAGUUUAUGAUCCUUUUUUGGGACUGGCAUAUGUGUUUGAUAUAUUAUUACUUAUUGUUAAAAUAAGUCUACAUACAGUUGGAAAGAUUAUUAUGAAAAAUAAAGUAGCUUAAUUUUUGUGUGGAGAGUAUAUAUGCUAGUAGAUAAAACUAUAUUAUCACCCACAUCAAGCCCUUUCCUGUCCUGGACAGAGGAGCCGGCAUGAGCAGACACCUGCGCCCAUGACAGGUGUGCACUACAACAGGUUGCUCUGAAUGUGCACGUUAAGCCCUUUGACCUGACCCGACUGUAUUAUUGUACAAGGACUGUGGUAAUCUUUUAAUUACCUGAUGUGGUAUGCCAUCCCCAUCCAUCCCCACAUCCCCAAACAAUGCCAGUCCCUUCUAGGAUUAUGUAUAUCAUUCCAGAUUUGUUCCAGGUAAUGUUGGGUGGUUUCAUUGUAAUAUCAAGUCAUUUUAUCCUACUUUGCAGCUUAUGGAUUUGUCUUAGCACGAGACAGCUGGUGCCUUUUUUCCACUGUGACUUUUAGUCCCCUCUGCAUGUUCUUGAUAUUUCAUCACAUAAUAUAUAUAUUUAUAUUUUGUACAUAAAACCCCCCUUUCAUCUGUUAAUUUUGUUACAUGCAAUUUAUUUUAAUAAAAUUAAGGGAUUUACAGAUUAACUGAAAAUCAUGUACUCCUUUUUGUUUUUUGAAUGUUUUAAGUAUACGAAAGUAGAAAAUAAUGUGCAUCACACCAGCAUUAUCAGUUGAAUGAUAUCCAGUUGUUACCUUUUGUUUUCCGGAAAGCUCGUGCUUUUCCAUGUGAUAAUAGCAUAAAUGCAUAGUUAGUCAUCAAUAUCACUAUCAUUUUAAUUUAUUUUAUUUGUAUACAGUGUAUGCACUUUGUGUGUUGCCUAAAAUAUGUGUGUAAGGAACAACAUUGUGUAACCUGUCAACUAUAUUAAAUGAACUAUUACGUCA